CUUAAAUUGGAGUAUUUUGUGAUAAUUUUCAAAAAUCGAGAGUGAACUCUUGCCCCCAAACACUGAUCGGGCGAGAGCAAAAAUUGGUUCAAAAAACAAAAAGACAGCCGUUUUUGUAUUCUUUAUUUUACAUGUAGGUAGGAGGUACAUACAUAGGUACCUAGCUCCUUCAAUUAAAAAAUUUUCACUAAAGACAUGUACGUACCCACUUCUUGAGAAGUCACACAAAAAUUGACCAUCAAAUGAAAUUUCAACAAAAAUGUAGGUAGGUAGUAGGUACUUAACUUUCUUCAAAAUAGGUUAGGUAAGUACAUAAAACUUUCACGUUUUGGAGAUAAGUCAGUAGGGUUAUGACGUUUUGUUGUUUGUCUCAAAAUCCAUAACAGAAAGCAUUGUCACAAAUUCAAAAUGUUACGAAUUUGAGCAUCUUUCCUUCCCUUCUUAAUUGCAAAAUUUCUGAUUUAAAAAAAAAGAUAAAUUCACAUUUAAGAUGUACGCUUGUAUUUCUUGAUAAGGUUAAUCACGCUUCUGUUUUACUUUAUUGAACAAGAACGUACAUGAGGUUAUGCAAAGAGACGUUUUUUAUAAUGAAACAUAAUUAGCAGAGUAGCCAAAUGCGAUUAGUGAUAUCACAAUUGUACCUAAUAUUUAGGUAUUUAUCUCGUUAAUGAACGAUAGGUAAGACGUAAAGAGUUAGAAUUGACCGUCUUUUCGAUUACAUUGUGAGCAGAAGCAGAUUAAAGUUUACGUACUGUAACAAAAAGAUUCCGCAAUUUGAAUCGAAUUUUAAUGUCGAGUGAGAUGGCUUGUUUUGUGUUGUCCUAGUAACUACAGUAAAAAACCAUGUUCUUUUUUAUUUUCAAUCUAAUUUUUGUUAUUUUCUAUCAAACAUAUUCUCAGGAAUGCCUCAACGAACAUGGAAAUCCUGUUGAUUGGUUUGCUUUGUACUUAUAAACUACCCAGAAUUCGUUACCAUCAAAACGAAAAUGUUCAAAAAGGGAUAGCGUAUCUAUUUGUGACAUCUGAUACUGUAAAUAAUGGUUGGACUUUGGCUAAUGACACAAUAUUGGAUGAAAAUUCCAUUCCUGGCAGAACGCUUUCGGUCAUUAUUGGAAACCAAGUUGAAGAUAUUUUUUGGAUAUUCUAUAACGAUGCGCCUCCGAUUGCACCAACCAAUCUCACACUAGGACAUACGAAAGGAGCUGUAGUAGGUAGUCGCAGCAAAGGAUUUUGGCUUGUACAUAGUGUGCCUCAUUUUCCAUUGAUCAAUCGACAAAAUGGAUACGUGUAUCCACAUACUGGAACCAUGUAUGGACAAAGUUUUCUUUGCAUCAGCUUGAAACCAAAUGACAUGGAUAAUAUUGGCACUCAGUUGAUGAUAAACGAUGCUAAUAUUUUCGAGAAUACUUUUCAAGGAACUUUAGCCGAUGUAUUUCCUCAGUUAAAAAAAGCAGCGGAUAUGCAACGAUUACCUCAAAAUAAGAAUAUUGCUAUAAUUCAGUCUGCCGGAAAUGCCUCAUUUCGAUCUUUCGCAAAAUCGAGAUUAUUCGGAAAAGAUUUAUACAGUCAGUGGAUGUCGAACGAAUUAAAAUGUACUUUACUUACUGAAACUUGGUUGCAUGAUAACAUAAUGCCAUCAGUUUGCAACGAAACUUAUCAGGUCCACAAUAUUAAAAAAAUAAAAUGGAAUUCUACGAGUGAUUACGAUCAAUUCAAUGACUACUACGAUCACUCCAAGUGGACUAUAUGUGCGGAAGAAAAAACGCCGUGGAUUUGCAUAGGUGAUAUCAACAGAGAGUCGACUCAGCUGGUUCAUGGAGGUGGUACAGUGUGUCUUAAUGAUUUAAGCUUGUGGAAAAUAUAUUCCAAAAUGGUGGCAGAAGUAGAACCAUGCCCUUCUCCUUAAUCUUUUGCAUUUGAGCCAAUUAAUAUCAUUAAUAGGUACUAAUUUUGUUGUGUAUUCACAUGCAUGUACCUAUCAACUUAUUGUUAAAUGGUAAACAUCGAAUAUAUAAUAAUAUUUUUGGGG